AUGGAGGGGGUGCACCUGACCCUGAUCAGCGACGACCCCAAGCUCAGAGAGACGUUUGCAGUCGAGCUGACAGCCGACACCUUCGUCAAGCUUUACAAGGCAAGGAAGUCUGAGCGGGACAAGGCCAAGCCUGCAGGCGGCAGAGUCAGAGUCACGGCUGAUCAAGUCGAAGUCAAGCCUGAGCUCAGGCCGAUCUCGAGGAAGGAGAUGGAAGCGAUGUGCGGAGGAGGUAACACAUCGAUCACGAGAGUCAAGCGAGCCAUGUUGGACUAA